CUCCACGGUCUGGUAACUCAAGGGUCACCGGGGUGAGGCACAGUUCCUUCAGAGCUACCUCGCUGAGUGUAAAUGGGUUGUUCAAAUUGCACUGGGGAGCCGGAGUUGCGUGGGUUUUAAAGAUGUAAGUAACAAACGUAUGUGCACUGUAGAAAAUUCGGAAAAGGUCAAACUGCCUAGCAAGUAAAAAGGUGUCAUUCCAAAACGUGGGGGGGGUGACUGCUUCUCCCCUCUUGGGUGUUUUUUGGUGGACUUUUUUUGGCGAUCCCGACUCGCCUGGACUCCAUUCAAGGGCACAUCGUGUGCAGUAAAACACGGCAUGUUUCAGGGCUCCUCACUGCAACACAUGCACCUCCAGGCUGGCGCUCAGCGCUCCCAGUUUUACUGCAGCCGGCGGUGUAGACAGGCGCGGGCCCUUCCUCCUCCCCACCUCCUGACGCUUUGUGCUGCGGCAGCAAAGGCCCGUUCAGUUCCCCGUGUCUUCCCAGCAGCCGUCACCAAUGCUCCUUUCCAGGAAACAGCCUUCCAUUCUCUCUUAGGGCCGAUUUUAGCGAGAGCCGCGAUGCGGGCGACUGGUGCCGGGGUGGGUUGGGGCGAGGUUGGCAGUCGGGCCGACUGCCAGGCGCCCGGGCCGCGCCUUCCGCUCUGACCUCAUCCUGCCGCCCAGGCACUGGGCGCGGCAGCGAAUCGGCAGCGCGGGCGGCCGGGAACGCCCAGCACAAAUAUUUACCGCCGCGCAGAGAGCGAGGGCCCAAGUCCGCCCUGCUCCGCCACUUGGGCCGCCCCAGACGCUUCCCUCGGGGCUGCCACCAGGUCGGACGCGGCUGCUGCGGCUCGCCGGCCUUUCCCGCACCGGCGCGGUCCAACCGCCACCGAACCUUCUGGAAGCGCCGCCAGCCUGGGCCCUCACGCCGCCAGAAUCCUACGCCCGGGCGAGCUCUCGGCAGCCUUGGCGGCCUGGGAGGCGGGGCUCGGGGUGGGGCCGGCGCGGGGGCGGGGUCGGCGCGGGGAGGCCGCGUUCGAUUCGCCCCCGGCGCGCAGGCCCCGCCUCACCGGCCCCAUCGCUCCACCUCCGCCCUCCCCCUUUAUGGCGCGGCCCAGGCUCAUUCAUUCCGCGCCGGGCCUGCUAGACACCUGCGCCUUUCUGCAGCCGCCCGCCGCAUCCGCCGCCGCAGCCCCCAGCAUGUCGGGCCCAGACGUCGAGACGCCGUCCGCCAUCCAGAUCUGCCGGAUCAUGCGGCCAGAUGAUGCCAACGUGGCCGGCAAUGUCCACGGGGGGACCAUCCUGAAGAUGAUCGAGGAGGCAGGCGCCAUCAUCAGCACCCGGCAUUGCAACAGCCAGAACGGGGAGCGCUGUGUGGCUGCCCUGGCUCGUGUCGAGCGCACCGACUUCCUGUCUCCCAUGUGCAUCGGUGAGGUGGCGCACGUCAGCGCGGAGAUCACCUACACCUCCAAGCACUCUGUGGAGGUGCAGGUCAACGUGAUGUCCGAAAACAUCCUCACAGGUGCCAAAAAGCUGACCAAUAAGGCCACCCUGUGGUAUGUGCCCCUGUCGCUGAAGAACGUGGACAAGGUCCUCGAGGUGCCUCCUGUAGUGUAUUCCCGGCAGGAGCAGGAGGAGGAGGGCCGGAAGCGGUAUGAAGCCCAGAAGCUGGAGCGCAUGGAGACCAAGUGGAGGAACGGCGACAUCGUCCAGCCAGUCCUCAACCCAGAGCCGAACACUGUCAGCUACAGCCAGUCCAGCUUGAUCCACCUGGUGGGGCCUUCAGACUGCACCCUGCACGGCUUUGUGCACGGAGGUGUGACCAUGAAGCUCAUGGACGAGGUCGCUGGGAUCGUGGCUGCACGCCACUGCAAGACCAACAUCGUCACAGCUUCCGUGGACGCCAUUAAUUUUCAUGACAAGAUCAGAAAAGGCUGCGUCAUCACCAUCUCCGGACGCAUGACCUUCACGAGCAAUAAGUCCAUGGAGAUCGAGGUCUUGGUGGACGCUGACCCUGUUGUGGACAGCUCUCAGAAGCGCUACCGGGCCGCCAGUGCCUUCUUCACUUACGUGUCGCUGAGCCAGGAGGGCAGGUCGCUGCCUGUGCCCCAGCUGGUGCCCGAGACCGAGGACGAGAAGAAGCGCUUUGAGGAAGGCAAAGGGCGGUACCUGCAGAUGAAGGCGAAGCGACAGGGCCACGCGGAGCCUCAGCCCUAGACUCCUCCUCCUGCCGCUGGUGCCUUGAGUAGCCAUGGCAACAGGCCCAGUGUCCAGUCACUUAGAAGUUCCCCCUUGGCCAAAAACCCAAUUCACAUUGAGAGCUGGUGUUGUCUGAAGUUUCGUAUCACAGUGUUAACCUGUACUCUUCUCCUGCAAACCUACACACCAAAGCUUUAUUUAUAUCAUUCCAGUAUCAAUGCUACACACUGUUGUCCUGAGCGCCGGGAGGCAUUCGGCAGAAACCCUCGGGAAUGCUUCCGAGCACGCUGUAGGGUAUGGGAAGAACCCAGCACCACUAAUAAAGCUGCUGCUUGGCUGGA